AUGUCUCAGCCACCUCAUGCAGGAAGUCUAGUCUUCCUAGACCUCCCUCCCAAGACGUUCAUCGGGAUCGACCUGAUCUCGUUCAACUCAUCAGCACAAUUCCAAGGAAUCAGCGAAAUCCCACAUGGCCUGCAUUUUCUGUACAGCGGGACAGAUGCCUCGCUGUCUAUCCGACAGGGCCGCUGGAUAAACCUCGCCGACGGCGAUGGCCACGAAUGCCAGAUUGUCCAAUGGAACGCAGACAGCGAAUCGCUUGACCUACUGAACGAGGGUCCGGAAGAAACGCAGAACGUGAUCUCCUCGACCACCCGAGUCUCGCGUCGUGGCCUCUUAAACUACGAAGCUUUACAGGCUGCGACGAGCGACCUCGCCGCGCAGCAGAGCAGAGACGCCACCGGAAGCCGUAGCAGGAGACAUGGUCUAUCUACGCGCUUGAAUGAUCAAACAGCCGAGGGCGAAGACGAUGGAGCGGACGCAGAAGACGACAAUGACCGCGACAGCGACGCCCACGCCUCGACAUGGACGGAUCUAACAUCCUACAUCUCACCAGCACUACUGACGCGGAUCCUCACGCGAGAGUGGAUCACGACAUCGAUCUCGUCCGCGCCGUCCGACACCGAAACGAUCCCGGGCCUCUCGCACCUCGAAGCCAACGACGCCCUGCACCAGCACCCGCUGCGCCUGCUCCCCAUCGACCUGAAGCAGACCUGGGCAGCCACCGACGUGGGUCGCGUGCGUACGGACCGUGCGCGCGACCGCAGCUGGUAUCUCUCGACACUGAUCGACACUGCCGGGAAUAGCGCCUCUACGAGGAGCAGCGCCUCGGCUACAACAACUGCUCAGGAGAAAGCGAUGAGCGAAAAUGAGCGGAAGGCGCUAGGUGCAAGCCAUGUACUCGGCGAGCUACAGUUCUGCUUCCUGAUGGUCCUGACGCUUGCGAACUACAGCUGCCUCGAGCAGUGGAAGCGGCUGCUGGGGGUAAUAUUCACGUGCUACCAUGCUGUACGGGAGGUCGAGCCCUACUUCGUGCAGAUCGUGAGGGUACUGCGUGAGCAGAUGCGGCGGGUGGAGGACGUGGAGGGCGGGCUGUUUGAGUUGAGGGACGAGAUGGCUAGUGCGUGGCUACGGAGGAACUGGGCCAGGUUUCGCGGGACUGUGGAGGAGGUGUUUGGGGAGGAUGAUGGGAAGGUCUUGAAGAUGGAGGUCGAGGUGUUGCAGACGUUCUUUGAGGACCAAUAUGGUUGGGCCAGUGAGAGGGAUAGGCUGAGGAGGGGCAUGUUGGAGUUGGAGGAUGGUGAGACGCUGGAGGUCAGUGUUGCUGGGGUGGAUGAGGAUGAAGAGAGAGGGGAAUAUGCUCCUGUUGUGGUUGACACGUAG